AUGCAAACAUUUCAGCGGAUAUCGACUACGUUAUGUGACACUAUAGAAAAAGGGAAUUAUGUGGUUGUCCAGAAAGUUGGUGGAGAACAUAUUCGAGUGAUGCGGCUCUCUUCAAAACAAAAAAUUCUCAUAGAAAAACUCAAGUUCGAUGCAGAGAGUGUGUUCGGGAAGCCGUAUGGUCUUUUUGAAGUAGCAUCCGGUCAAGCUACACCCGUGUGCGCAUCGCAAGUGGUUCAGGACGAAGGCGUAGGAGAUAUUGGUAGUACUACGUCACUUGGCGAAUAUUUACCUUCAAUUGUUUCGAAGGUUUCGAAGCUAGUAGAAGGGAGCAAAUCGUUCAGCACACGGACGGAGUACAGUAAGAGCAAGUAUAUACGACGGAAAACGAAGAAACAUUCUGACAGAGUUCUUAUUCUGAAACCCACUAUACGUCUUCUCGCCCAGUCUUAUUACAUGAAAGAUUGCGUUCGUGUCUCCAAUUUAAGGACAGACCAGUUGGGAAUGAUCUUACAACUAGCAGCAGUUCAUCACGGACGGAAUGUUUUGGUGUUCGACCAGGUGCUGGGAUUGGUCUCUGCAGGUGUAAUCGAUAGGCUUGGCGGACAAGGUGCAUGUAUUCAUUUACACCGAGGCCUAAUCGCACAAUCUAUACCAUGUGUACAUAGCAUGAAUUUUGAUGAAAAGGUGCACCAAUANACCAAUAUUAACACUUUUCUGUUUCCGAAGUUGCGUCCAUCUGGAUCUGUUGUUGUGUUCGGACCUGGAAUUGACGUAUCAUCCACGAAUUGGAUUCGGAAGCCAAACUCACUCGCACUCGACAACAACGUGAGCGUUUCGCCCGUCAUGAGUGAAGUUCUGCUCAAUCAUGUGUUUAAGUAA